GUAACAUAAUGUUUACAUUGUGUAAACAUCGAUAUUUACUUAAUUAAAUCUCUGAUUUGGAAUUAAAACUAAUUAAUUAACGACACUGAUAUAAAAUAAUUUGAACCAGAACUUCAAGAUCUCUAAAUUACAACAUUCCUGAUUUCUUGUGACAGAAUUGGCAAAUCGUUCUAUAGAGAAAUAUCGAUUUUCUAAAAAGAUUUGCAAAAUUGAAUUCUUAAAGCUUUUUCGUGAUUUUCCUUAAAACUUAACGAUUAGUUGGUAACUGCUCGUACGAACAGCAGAAAAGCAAAGAGAAACAACCUCUUAAGAGAGCAUUGUAGGGAGUUGACGAAAAGCGAGAAGGAUCGAAGAUCACACAAAAUAAAGUAAUAGAAAUAAAAGAAUUAAUAAAAUCAAGCAAUGGCACCUGUUCGUGGUGAUGGAAUGCGAGGUCUCGCUGUCUUCAUAUCUGACAUAAGAAAUUGCAAAAGCAAAGAGUCUGAAGUGAAGCGUAUGAACAAGGAACUUGCAAACAUUCGAAGUAAAUUUAAAGGCGACAAGACUCUGGACGGGUAUCAGAAGAAGAAAUAUGUUUGUAAGCUGUUAUUCAUCUUUCUACUUGGCCAUGAUAUUGAUUUCGGUCACAUGGAAGCUGUAAAUUUGUUGUCAUCAAACAAAUAUUCAGAGAAACAAAUCGGUUAUCUCUUCAUCUCUGUGCUUGUCAACACCAAUAGCGAUCUGAUAAAGCUUAUCAUUCAAAGCAUAAAGAAUGAUUUGCAAUCAAGAAAUCCAAUUCAUGUCAACUUAGCCCUCCAAUGCAUUGCAAAUAUUGGCAGUCAAGACAUGGCCGAAGCUUUCUCGAAUGAAAUUCCAAAACUUCUCGUCUCUGGCGACACCAUGGACGUUGUGAAGCAAUCAGCUGCUCUCUGCUUGUUACGUUUAUUCCGAACAUGCCCAGAAAUCAUUCCUGGUGGUGAGUGGACAAGUCGAAUAAUUCAUCUGCUCAAUGAUCAUCACAUGGGUGUCGUUACGGCAGCAACAAGUCUUAUUGAUGCUCUUGUCAAGAAAGAUCCCGAAGAAUACAAAGGAUGUGUGAGUCUUGCUGUGUCGAGGCUUUCAAGAAUCUUCACCAGCAGCUACACAGAUCUGCAGGACUACACUUACUACUUCGUUCCUGCUCCGUGGUUAUCAGUGAAGCUUUUGCGUUUGUUGCAGAAUUACAAUCCACCAACAGAAGAUCCAGGAGUACGUGGACGUUUGAAUGAAUGUCUUGAAACUAUUUUAAAUAAGGCACAAGAGCCGCCAAAAAGCAAAAAAGUUCAACAUUCAAAUGCGAAGAAUGCUGUUCUGUUUGAAGCCAUUAAUCUCAUUAUCCACAAUGAUAGUGAAGCAAAUUUACUUGUUCGUGCUUGUAAUCAGCUUGGACAAUUCUUAUCAAAUCGUGAAACAAACUUACGUUAUUUGGCACUUGAGUCGAUGUGUCAUUUAGCAACAUCAGAAUUCUCCCAUGAAGCUGUUAAGAAGCAUCAAGAAGUUGUAAUUUUAUCAAUGAAAAUGGAGAAAGAUGUUUCAGUUCGUCAACAAGCUGUUGAUCUUCUUUACGCAAUGUGUGAUCGAAGUAAUGCUGAAGAAAUUGUGCAAGAGAUGCUCAACUAUCUCGAGACUGCUGAUUAUUCAAUACGUGAAGAAAUGGUGUUGAAAGUGGCGAUUCUGGCUGAGAAAUACGCAACAGAUUUCACAUGGUACGUUGAUGUGAUUUUGAAUUUGAUUCGCAUCGCUGGCGAUUAUGUUUCGGAAGAAGUUUGGUAUCGCGUUAUUCAAAUUGUCAUUAAUCGUGAAGAAGUGCAAGGGUAUGCAGCGAAGACUGUCUUUGAAGCACUGCAAGCUCCUGCUUGUCAUGAAAACAUGGUCAAAGUUGGUGGUUACAUACUUGGUGAAUUUGGUAAUCUCAUUGCUGGUGAUUCUCGUUCAGCGCCGAUGGUUCAGUUUAAAUUACUCCACUCGAAGUACCAUUUAUGCUCGUCAAUGACACGAGCACUACUUUUGAGCACUUACAUCAAGUUUAUCAAUCUUUUCCCUGAAAUUCGUGGCACAAUUCAAGACGUCUUCAGACAACAUAGUAAUUUACGUUCAGCUGAUGCUGAAUUACAACAAAGGGCAAGUGAAUAUCUGCAGUUGAGUAUUGUUGCAUCGAAAGAUGUCUUGGCGACAGUACUUGAAGAGAUGCCGUCAUUCCCUGAACGUGAAAGUUCCAUUCUUGCGGUAUUGAAGAAGAAGAAACCAGGACGUGUGCCCGAAAAUGAGAUAAGAGAAUCUAAGAGUCCUGUGCCGAAUCAUGGCGCAACUCAAAAUCAUGCAACAAACAAUAAUCACAAUAAUAAUAGCGGAUCGUUAGAUCUAUUGGGUCUGAGUACGCCACCAUCGCAACAGCAACAACAAAACAACACUCAAAAUACACUCAUCGAUGUUCUUGGUGACAUUUACAAUUCAUCAUCAUCAUCUGCGGUGAACAAUGCAAAGAAAUUUUUGUUUAAGAACAAUGGCGUACUAUUUGAGAAUGAAAUGAUUCAGAUAGGUGUGAAGAGUGAAUUCCGUCAAAAUCUUGGACGCUUGGGACUUUUUUAUGGCAAUAAAACUCAGGUGCCGCUCGUAAAUUUCCAACCUGUGCUUCAAUGGUCAACAGAGAAUGCAACGAAGCUCAAUGUACAAAUUAAAGCAGUUGACUCGACUCUUGAUGCUGGUGCACAAAUUCAGCAAAUGAUAACAGCUGAGUGUGUAGAUAGUUAUUCAGAUUCACCAUCACUCGCACUGUCAUUCCGUUACAAUGGAACGCCACAAAACUUUAUCAUCAAACUGCCAUUGACGGUCAAUAAAUUCUUUGAACCAACAGAAAUGAAUGGGGAAUCAUUCUUUGCAAGAUGGAAGAAUCUCGGAGGGGAGAAACAACGCGCCCAAAAAGUAUUUAAAGCUCAGAUUCCACUCGAUCUUCCUGGCGCUCGCAAUAAAUUGUCAGGAUUUGGGAUGCAACUACUUGACGGAAUCGAUCCUAAUCCAGACAACAUGGUUUGUGCUGGAAUUAUUCAUACGCAGUCACAUCAAGUUGGUUGCUUAUUGAGAUUGGAACCCAACAAGCAAGCUCAGAUGUUCCGUUUGACAGUUCGUGCUAGCAAAGAACAAGUAACAACAGAGAUUUGUGAGCUUCUUGCUGAUCAAUUUUAAAGACAUCUUUAUUCUGGUAUUGUGUAAAAAGCUUCAGAAAUUUCUUCUGACUAAUGAAAACUCAUUGCAAGAUGGCAAAUAAUAGACGAACGUUAAUCUUAAGUCAAGAAAAGCUUAUCUUUUUUUUCUUCAUUGUUUACACUCAUUAAAAGAAAGCAAAUUUACAAUAAUCGAUUACAAAUACACCAACACACACAUAAAACACAUCUACACACAUUCAAAGCAUGCAAUUUCUUUAUUUCUCGGUAAUAAAUAAUUGAGAAACUGAAAACUUAUGGUUAAAAUAAAAAAAAAAAAGUAAUAAUUAAUUGAUAAAAAUGAACUAUAAACGAUUCCAUUUAUGAAGAAUGUAAGUUGAAUUUAGAAUUUUCAUUUAUUAUAUAGCUCGCUGUUUAUUUCUUGUACUAUUCUUUUAUUACUGCUCAUAUGUAAUCGAAAUAGAUGACUAUUAGUGUUAAAUUUUUGCUAAAUUAAGAGCAAAAUUAUGUUUAUUUGAAUAUAAAGCAAGUCGGGCUUCAAUUAUUAUUACAACAUUUUUUUUGUAAAGUUAUUUUUUCAGUUAAUUUUUUUACGUUGAUAUAUUUGGGUAGAGAGAUACGAUGAUCAGUAUUUGAACAUACAAAAAUGAUUCUAUCCAGCCUUUUUUGUUUCCCUGUUAAAUAUUGGCUGUUUCUUCAGUGUUAUAAAGAAACGGCUUCGUGCAGUUUGCUACAAAUCGUUAAUGAAGAGUUUAUUGAAAAGUCUCAACGAUUUCUUAUGAAAAUUCAGAUUUCUCUCGCUUUUACUUCUUCAUCUAAAAUGAGGAUAAAACAAAAAAUUAAAAUUCUUAAAGAUAAGUAAAUAGAAUUCCCCAACCUAAAGCUUUAUCAUCUUACGAUUAUCGAAACCUGAUCUGAUUUAAUUAAAUAAUUUAAAAAAGUUCUUUCUUCUGAAGGAUCAUGUGUGGCAUUUAUAAGCCACAAACUUCCCUUGUUUCCUACAAAAAAGUCAAACUCUUCUAAAUUGUUGAUUAAAAUAAAAAUUGAAGAAUGAGAAAAUAAAAUUUAAAAUGUAUCCAAGAAAUUAUCUAUUGAAUAUGUCAUGUAAGAAAUAAAUAAUUUAAAGAAAUAAAAGGUAAAAGUAAAAGACGAUUAAAC